UUGUAAAAUCGAGAAUAUAGGAGAGCUCACUAACGAAUAGCCUGUACUAAUAAGCUCCAGCUACUCUGCACUACCACACACUCACAUUGUGCGUUACAAUUUCCGGUAAACGGGUGACAAAUCGCGUUCGGCUGCCAAUUUACACAGACACACACACACUCGUAUAUACGCACUCCCCACAGUAAAUGCUAAGAAUAUUGAUUUCAGGUUGGCGAGCAAUUGUCAGGUUCUACGGAAUUCCAUAAAAAAUCAAAACAAAAAUCCCCAUUGGUCAUAGCCAGGGUCAACCUCGCGUCGGAUGAUGAACAGAGUGUGAGUCUACGCGCCGAUCGUAGCUCAGCUGUCCGAGGGGAAGAACAGAAUCGCAGCGACGAUUUCCGAUAUAAAUACUAGUUUAUUUGGAGUUUAAAAUUAGUUCACUACUAGAAAUUGAAGCGUUUGCACAAAUAUUCACAAAAUCAUUUAAAAAUGUCGCUCAAACUGUACGUUUUCGCAACGUUAAGUAUCCUUUUGUACACCUCGGCACCCAUACAGGCGGGUGUGUUACGCGCUGACAAGCCGUCGGAGGCACCAGUGACAGAGGUGCCAGCCAACGUAAGCGAGCAACCGGAGAGCACAACCAUCCAAAUUAUUGUCGGAGAUGAAGUGGCGCUAAGCAGAGAUGAAGACGCGACUGUGAAGAUUGCUGUGGCGUCCUUGGAUCCUGCACCAGGCACAGUUGAAGGCAUUGAAAUCACACUAGAGACAGUUGGCGAUAAAGCUGAGGAGCCGAAGCCAACCGACGCGGGUGACAAACAAACAGAUGAGAAAGUGCCAGAAAAGAAGGACGAACCCGCACUUAGUCGAGAUGAAGCAGCUACAAUUAAGGUCAAAGCGCACGAAACUGAUGAUCUUGCACAGAGUGCACCAGCCAGCAGCGCAGAAACUAUAGGCUCACCACAAAAGUCCUCCAAGUUGCUGUUAUUGAGCACACCAAGGCUAGCACGCGAACAGGAGGAAAAUAUUGCCGAACCCGAAGACGUUGACAUUAACACCGCAGUGUCCACAGACGACACCACCGAGUUGAGCGUUGAGAUAGAGCUUGACACCGACAAGUCCAGCGAAGAAAGUGCAGAAGACAAAAAGACAACCACCACAGAAGAACCCAGCUUCCUGACACGUGUACGCGAUGCAAUUUUCGGCAAGAAAACGGAGGAGGAAACAACGAAAGCGACUCUGGAUAAGAAGGAAGAAGCGCCAAAACCGAGCGAUGAGGUGUUGAAGGCGGAUAAAGAGGAGAUUAAGAAGGACGAUGAAGUCAGCAUACCAGCCGCUGCCGAACAGACGCCAGAGCCACAUAAUGAUAAUGCCGCGACCGCCGUGCUCAUCGAAACCGAGGCUGACUAUGUGCUCGUCGACUCGGAUGUCGAACACUUGGAACAUCUCGGCAGCUUCACACACGCCGAGAGCGAGGAAUACUUGCAGCCCAUUGUACAUUCGGUGGAGGUAGUGCCGUCGCAUUUUGAGGAACCGCUGCUCUUCAGCAGUAGCUACGUGCACGCCUGGUAAUCGUUCAGCGUGCGCAAUGAGUUAUUGUUAAACUAAUUUUAAUGAGAUGUUUUAGUUUCCCGA